AUGGCGGCGGGCGGUGGCGUCAGACUACAGCCCGACCAGAGUGCUGGAGAGUGGGGGGGCUGGGUGGGUGUGCGGAAUGUUGCCUUCUCACUGGGUCUGUAUAACUGGACCGUACCCGAGUGUGAUUACUCCCCCCUGGCUCUGACCCUGCUGGUCUCUGUGUCACGGGCGUUGACGUUUGAGGCUGCGCGGAAGGAGGCUCUGGCCUUAGAAGAGGAUCGGGCCCAGGAAGAUGACCUGCCCUCCUGCAUGGUGGUCCGAAACUCUGAAGCUGCUGCUGCAACAACCCCAACCGUCGACUGGAAGCAGGAGCUUCGAGCAGAAAUUAUGAAGGACGUUAAAGAACAGAUGACCCAGCUGUCCAAGGUACAUGGUAUUCAAGUACCUUCUCGAGGGGUCGUGGUCGUCCGUGAUGACUGCCUAGGCUCCCACAGGGCGCUCUUAGGCAUGAACGUAAUUGCCUCAUGCUGGGAGGAGUUGUUCCAGUUAAAGAGCCCUCCAUCGGCUGGGAGUCGCAGGACUGCAGAUGCAAAGGAGUGGGAACAGGUCUUCACCGAUUGCCAUCGAAUCCAAGCCGCGACUGCCCAGCAAGAGACAACGGAUACUGCUCGAGUUUCCUGCCGGUAUGCAAUUAGCGUUCCUGCUAAUAGUGAGGCCCUAGUUUGGGCCAAGCUGCCAAGUCGAACCCGCUGCCAGAACACAUGUGUGCUGGUAGAAGCGCACGAAGAGCGCCAGGGUGUGGAGGUGGCCAGAGCUCUGACGAGGGUGCACAGAGGACGGGUGCCAGUGCGGGUGCGCAACCUCCUGCCACACCCUGUGCUCCUCCAUCGACAUCACAAGCUGGCUAAGGUGACUGGGGUGGACGCUACUCAGGUGGUGGAUGGCCCAGAUAUUCACUUGUCUGAGGUGAGUCCUGGGGUGAUAGAGGUGAGCGUGGUACAAUUGGGGACAGACUUGAAGGACAUGGGGGAGGGGCUUCCUGAACAUCUUUCAUGUGAGUCCCUACAGGGUGAUGGCCUCAGCACUGACCAACAACAACAGCUCAGCCAGUUCCUGGCAAAGUGGCAACACGUGUUUUCAUCUCAUGAAGAAGACUAUGGGUGCACUGACCUGGUGACCCAUCAUAUACCCACAGGUGAGGCCCCACCUAUCCGAGAGAGGUACAGGCCCGUACCCCCCACCCUCUACAAAGAGAUCAGGACCUUAUUACAAGGUAUGUUGGAGAGUGGGGUGGUUCGGGAAAGCAGCAGCCCUUGGGCUGCCCCAGUGGUAUUAGUCCAGAAAAAGAAUGGGACUUGGAGAUUUUGCGUAGAUUAUCGCAAAUUGAACAGCGUUACUAGGAAAGAUGCCUACCCUCUGCCCAGAAUAGAAGACUCUUUAACCAGUUUGAGCCAAGCUGCGUGGUACUCCACCCUAGACUUGGCAAGCGGGUACUGGCAAGUCCGCGUUGAGGCGAAAGACCGGGAGAAGACCGCCUUCACCACUCCAUUUGGGCUCUACGAGUGGGACAGGAUGCCCUUUGGACUCUCUAUGGACUUCCUCACUUUGAGUCGACCCACAGAUCGUUAUCAGAACAUCCUUGUAAUAACAGACCUGUUCACUAAGUUUGCUUGGGCGGUUCCAACACUGGACCAGACUGCUGUGACCACCGCCCAAGCCCUGUGGAAAACCGUGCUACAGCCUUUUGGGUGCCCAGAGGUCUUCCACUCUGACCAGGGUGCCAACUUUGAGUCCGCUGUGAUUCGGGAGUUGUGCCAGAUCUACGGCUGCCGGGCAGAGCCAACCGGACCUGCCGGUCUACACGGUGAGGCCCGAGGGCAAACCAGGCCCGGAACGGGUCCUGCACCGCAACCUGUUGCGACCAUGCCCUCACUACCCGACAACACUAGAGGGAGCUACAGACCAGCCAACACCUACACCCCAACCACCCCAGCCACUGAUGGGAUGGACAUGGACUCCGGCAAUGCCAGGGCCGCCAGCUGA